UGUGGAGAGAGAAGCAGGAGUGAGGACGCUGGUGCUGGGCUUGUUUUUCACUCAUCAGCUGCUUGUUUUUUAUUUAGAGUUAGCAACAUUGGACACAACACAUUUCAGUGGAGGCGGCGGGAGAGGAGGUGACGGUGACCGGCAGUGAGGCAACAUAAAGAGCUGGAGUCCCACUAAGAAUAGAAGACAGGGCUGCGGAAAGAGACGGCGUGGAAAGGCUCCUUGUUUCCUGAUCUAGCCAACUAAAGAUAUAAUUUCUCCUUAAGCCUCUGAAUGGUUCAAAGAAACUAUUUUCAUUUUAUGGAUAGAAGUUUUUAUCCAUUACAUGAUGAGUCUCACAGAAGAGAGACCACAUCUGUGCUCUGAGUGUGACCGAAGCUUUACAUAUAAAUCACAUCUUAUCAGACAUCAGAGGAGUCACACAGGAGAGAGACCACAUCUGUGUUCUGAGUGUGACAGAAGCUUUACAUAUAAAUCACAUCUUAUCAGACAUCAGAGGAGUCACACAGGAGAGAGACCACAUCUGUGUUCUGAGUGUGACAGAAGCUUUACAUAUAAAUCACAUCUUAUCAGACAUCAGAGGAGUCACACAGGAGAGAAACCAUUUAAAUGUUCUGAAUGCAGCAAGUGUUUUUCCCAUAAGUCACAUCUUGUUACACAUCAGAGGAGUCACACAGGAGAGAAACCAUUUAAAUGUUCUGAAUGCAGCAAGUGUUUUUCCCGGAAGUCAUCUCUUGUUAUACAUCAGAGGAGUCACACAGGAGAGAAACCAUUUACAUGUUCUGAAUGCAGCAAGUGUUUUUCCGGGAAGUCACAUCUUGUUAUGCAUCAGAGGAGUCACACUGGAGAGAAACCACAUCUGUGCUCUGAAUGUGACAGAAGCUUUACAUGUAAAUCACAUCUUGUUACACAUCAGAGGAGUCACACAGGAGAGAAACCACAUCUGUGCUCUGAGUGUGACAGAAGCUUUACAUGUAAAUCACAUCUUAUCAUACAUCAGAGGAGUCACACAGGAGAGAAACCACAUCUGUGCUCUGAGUGUGACAGAAGCUUUACAUGUAAAUCACAUCUUAUCAUGCAUCAGAGGAGUCACACAGGAGAGAGACCUUUUGAAUGUUCUGAAUGCAGCAAGUGUUUUUCCCAGAAGGCACAUCUUGUUAUACAUCAGAGAGUUCACACAGGAGAAAAACCAUUUGAAUGUUCUGAAUGCAGCAAGUGUUUUUCCCUGAAGUCAUAUCUUGUUAUACAUCAGUGGAUUCACAGAGUAGAGAAACCAUUUGAAUGUUCUGAAUGUAGCAAGUGUUUUUCCCAGAAGUUAGAGCUUGUUAUACACCAGAGGAGUCACACAGGAGAAAACCCAAUUAUAUGUCCUGAAUGUAGCAAAUGUUUUACCAGGAAGUCAUAUCUUGUUAUACAUCAGAGGAUUCACACAGGAGAGAAAACAUUUAAAUGUUCUGAAUGCAGCAAGUGUUUUUCCCAUAAGUCACAUCUUGUUACACAUCAGAGGAGUCACACAGGAGAGAAACCAUUUACAUGUUCUGAAUGUAGCAAGUGUUUUUCCCAGAAGUCACAUCUGGUUAUACAUCAGAGGAGUCACACAGGAGAGAAACCAUUUACAUGUUCUGAAUGCAGCAAGUGUUUUUCCCAGAAGUCAUUUCUUAUUAGACAUCAGAGGAGUCACACAGGAGAGAAACCAUUUAUAUGUUCUGAAUGUAGCAAGUGUUUUACUAGAAAGAAAACACUCAGUAAUCACAUGCGGAGUCACUCUGAGGGCCUGAAUGCAGCUUGUGUAUCAUAAGUAAUGUAACUUAUCACAACUAUAUGAAUUCAAUGGAGCCAAUAUUUAUUUAUUUUCUGAAUGUGAUGAGUGUUUUAUAUAAAUCAGUCUUGAUAAAGACAGGAGAGGUCAGACAAGUGGACCUGGAGGUACGUUUCCCCUUGGGAAGGUCUCUGUGUUAGGAACUAGAGCUGCAGUAUAACAAUAGCCAAUGACCGUGGGACUGCAAUUACUGAGCUCUGUAAUAAUAAGAAUUUACUCACCGGUAAUUCUAUUUCUCGUAGUCCGUAGUGGAUGCUGGGGACUCCGAAGGACCAUGGGGAAUAGACGGCUCCGCAGGAGACUGGGCACAUCUAAAGAAAGAUUUAGGACUAUAUCUGGUGUGCACUGGCUCCUCCCCCUAUGACCCUCCUCCAAGCCUCAGUUAGGACACUGUGCCCGGAAGAGCUGACACAAUAAGGAAGGAUUUUGAAUCCCGGGUAAGACUCAUACCAGCCACACCAAUCACACCAUAUAACUCGUGAUAGGAACCCCGUUUAACAGUAUGAUAACAACGGAGCCUCUGAACAGAUGGCUCACGAUAACAACCCGAUUUUUGUAACAAUAACUAUUUACAAGUAUUGCAGACAAUCCGCACUUGGGAUGGGCGCCCAGCAUCCACUACGGACUACGAGAAAUAGAAUUACCGGUGAGUAAAUUCUUAUUUUCUCUGACGUCCUAGUGGAUGCUGGGGACUCCGAAGGACCAUGGGGAUUAUACCAAAGCUCCCAAACGGGCGGGAGAGUACGGAUGACUCUGCAGCACCGAAUGAGAGAACUCCAGGUCCUCCUCAACCAGGGUAUCAAAUGUAUAGAAUUUUGCAAACGUGUUUGCCCCAAGUAGCAGCUCGGCAAAGUUGUAAAGCCGAGACCCCUCGGGCAGCCGCCCAAGAUGAGCCCACCUUCCUUGUGGAAUGGGCUUUUACUGAUUUAGGCUGCGGUAAUCCCACUGCAGAAUGCGCCAGCUGAAUAGUGCUACAAAUCCAGCGCACGAUGGUCUGCUUAGAAGCAGGAGCACCCAGCUUGUUGGGUGCAUACAGGAUAAACAGCGAGUCAGUUUUCCUGACUCCAGCCGUCCUGGAAACAUAUAUUUUCAGGGCCCUGACUACGUCCAGUAACCUGGAAUCCUCCAAGUUCCUAGUAGCCGCAGGCACCACAAUAGGUUGGUUCAAGUGAAAAGCUGAUACCACCUACGGGAGAAACUGAGGAUGAGUCCUCAACUCUGCCCUAUACAUAUGGAAGAUCAGAUAAGGGCUUUUACAAGACAAAGCCACCAAUUCUGACACACGCCUGGCCGAAGCCAGGGCCAACAGCAUGACCACUUUCCACGUGAGAUAUUUCAAAUCUACAGUCUUAAGUGGCUCAAACCAAUGUGAUUUCAGGAACUCCAAAACCACGUUGAGAUCCCAAGGUGCCACCGGGGGCACAAAAGGAGGUUGAAUAUGCAGAGCUCCUUUGACAAAAGUCUGAACUUCAGGCAGUGAAGCCAGUUCUUUCUGGAAGAAAAUCGACAGAGCCAAAAUCUGGACCUUAAUUGACCCCAAUUUGAGGCCCAUCGUCACCCCUGCUUGCAGGAAAUGCAAGAAUCGACCCAGUUGAAAUUCCUCCGUUGGGGCCUUCCUGGCCUCACACCAAGCAACAUAUUUCCGCCAAAUGCGGUGAUAAUGUUUUGCAGUGACAUCCUUCCUGGCCUUGAUCACGGUAGGGAUGACUUCCUCCGGAUUGCCUUUUUCCUUCAGGAUCCGGUGUUCACCCGCCAUGCCGUCAAACGCAGCCGUGGUAAGUCUUGGAGCAGGCAGGGCCCCUGCUGCAGCAGUUCCCGCCAUAGCGGUAGAGGCCAUGGGUCCUCUGAAAUCAUCUCUUGAAGUUCCGGGUACCAAGCUCUUCUUGGCCAAUCCGGAACCACGAGUAUAGUUUUCACUCCUCGCCUUCGUAUUAUUCUCAGUACCUUGGGAAUGAGAGGCAGAGGAGGAAACACAUAAACCGACUGGUACACCCACGGUGUUACUAAAGCGUCCACAGCGAUCGCCUGAGGGUCCCUUGACCAGGCGCAAUAUCUUUUUAGCUUUUUGUUGAGUCGGGACGCCGUCAUGUCCACCUGUGGUCUUUCCCAACGGUUUACCAGCAUUUUGAAGACUUCUGAAUGAAGUCCCCAUUCUCCCGGGUGGAGGUCGUGCCUGCUGAGGAAGUCUGCUUCCCAGUUGUCCACUCCCAGAAUGAACACUGCUGACAGUGCUAACACGUGAUUUUCCGCCCAUCGGAGAAUCCUUGUGGCUUCUGCCAUUGCGCUCCUGCUUCUUGUGCCGCCCUGUCUGUUUACAUGGGCGACUGCCGUGAUGUUGUCUGAUUGGAUCAGUACCGGCUGGUACUGAUGCAGGGGUCUUGCUCGACUUAGGGCAUUGUAAAUGGCCCUUAGCUCCAGAAUAUUUAUGUGAAGUGAAAUCUCCUGAGUUGACCACAGUCCUUGGAAAUUUCUUCCCUGUGUGACUGCACCCCAGCCCCGAAGGCUGGCAUCCGUGGUCACCAGGACCCAGUCCUGUAUUCCGAAUCUGCGGCCCUCUGGUAGAUGAGCCCUCUGCAGCCACCACAGCAGCGACACCCUGGUCCUUGCCGACAGGGUUAUCCGCUGCUGCAUCUGGAGAUGGGACCCGGACCAUUUGUCCAAGAGGUCCCACUGGAAAAUCCUUGCGUGGAACCUUCCGAAUGGAAUUGCUUCGUACGAAGCUACCAUUUUUCCCAGGACUCGUGUGCAUUGAUGUACCGACACCUGUCCUGGUUUGAGGUUUCUGACUAGAGAUGACAACUCCUCGGCUUUUUCCACUGGAAGAAACACUUUUUUCUGGUCUGUGUCCAGAAUCAUUCCCAGGAACAGAAGACGUGUCGUCGGGACCUGCUGUGACUUUGGAAUAUUGAGAAUCCAGCCGUGCUGUUGCAGCACUUCCCGAGAAAGUGCUACCCCCACUACCAACUGUUCCUUGGACCUCGCCUUUAUCAGGAGAUCGUCCAAGUACGAGAUAAUGAAAACUCCCUUCUUGCGAAGGAGCAUCAUCAUUUCGACCAUUACCUUGGUAAAGACCCGCGUUGCCGUGGAUAACCCAAACGGCAGCGUCUGGAACUGAUAGUGACAGUCCUGUACCACAAAUCUGAGGUACUCCUGGUGAGGAGGGUAAAUGCGGACAUGCAGGUACGCAUCCUUGAUGUCCAGGGAGACCAUGUAAUCCCCCUCGUCCAGGCUCGCAAUAACCGCCCUGAGCGAUUCCAUCUUGAACUUGAAACUUUUGAUAUAAGUGUUCAAGGAUUUUAAAUUUAAGAUGGCUCUCACCGAACCGUCCAGUUUCGGUACCACAAACAUUGUGGAAUAGUAACCCUUUCCUUGUUGAAGGAGGGGUACCUUGACAAUCACUUGCUGUGAAUACAGUUUUUGAAUAGCCACCAACACUGCCUCCCUGGCAGAGGGAGUUGCCGGUAAGGCAGAUUUUAGGAAACAGCGGGGGGGGGGGGGGGGGUGGAGACGUCUCGAAUUCCAGCCUGUACCCCUGAGAUACUACUUGAAGGACCCAGAAAUCCACCUGUGAGAGGGCCCACUGUGCGCUGAAAUUUCUGAGACGGGCCCCCACCAUACCCGGGUCCGCCUGAGCAGCCCCAGCGUCAUGCUGUGGACUUACCGGACGCAGGGGAGGACUUCUGCUCUUGGGAACUAGCUGUAUGCUGCAGCUUUUUCCCUCUACCUUUGCCUCUCGGCAGAAAGGAUGAGCCUCUAGCCCUCUUGCUUUUCUGGGGCCGAAAGGACUGCACCUCAUAAUACGGUGCUUUCUUUUGCUGUGGAGUAGCCUGUGGCAAAAAGGUCGAUUUCCCAGCAGUGGCUGUGGAAACGAGGUCUGAAAGACCAUCCCCAAACAGUUCCACUCCCUUAUAGGGCAGAACUUCCAUGUGCCGUUUCGAGUCGGCAUCUCCUGACCAUUGCCGAGUCCAUAAACCCCUUCUGGCGGCAAUGGACAUAGCACUUAUUUUUUAUGCCAGCCGGCAAAUAUCCCUCUGUGCAUCAUGCAUGUAUAAGACGGCAUCUUUUAUAUGCUCUAUCGUCAGCAAAAUAUUGUCCCUAUCCAUAGUAUCAAUAUUAUCUGACAGGGAAUCUGACCACGCAGCUGCAGCACUGCACAUCCAUGCCGAUGCAAUAGCUGGUCUCAAUAUAAUGCCCGUGUGUGUGUAAAUAGCUUUAAGGGUAUUUUCCUGCUUCCUAUCAGCAGGUUCCUUUAGGGUGGCCGUAUCCGGAGACGGUAGUGCCACCUUUUUUGAUAAGCGUGUCAGCGCUUUAUCUACCCUAGGGGGUGUUUCCCAACGUGACCUAUCCUCUGGCGGGAAAGGGUACGCUGCCAACAACCGUUUAGAAAUUAUCAAUUUCUUAUCUGGGGAAGUCCACGCUUCCUCACACACCUCAUUUAAUUCCUCAGAUGCAGGAAAAACUACUGGUAGUUUUUUUCUCACCAAACAUAAUACCCUUUUUUGUGGUACCUGGGGUAUUAUCAGAAAUGUGUAAUACAUUUUUCAUUGCCUCAAUCAUGUAACGGGUGGACCUAUUGGAGGGUACACUAGUCUCAUCGUCGUCGACACUGGAGUCAGUAUCCGUAUCGACAUCUGUAUCUGUCAUCUGAGGUAGCGGGCGUUUUAAAGCCCCUGAUGACACUUGAGACGCUGGAACAGGCACAAGCUGAGUAGCCGGCUGUCCUAUGUCGUCAAACCUUUUGUGUAAGGAGUUGACACUGUCACGUAAUUCCUUCCAUAAGUCCAUCCACACAGGUGUCGAACCCUCCCCCCCCCCCCCCCAGCGCCCUACACCCAUCAGUGACCGGAGUGUGUGGUGUGCAUGAGGAUCAAUGGCGCACAGCUGCAGUGCUGUGCGCUACCUUGGAGAAGACAGAAGUCUUCAGCCGCCGAUUUUCCGGACCACUUCUUGCUUCUGGCUCUGUAAGGGGGACGGCGGCACGGCUCCGGGAACGGACAACGAGGUCGGGUCCUGUGUGCGAACCCUCUGGAUCUAAUGGUGUCCAGUAGCCUAAGAAGCCCAAGCUACCACCAGUUAGGUAGGUUCGCUUCUUCUCCCCUUAGUCCCUUGGUGCAGUGAGCCUGUUGCCAGCAGGUCUCACUGUAAAAUAAAAAACCUAAAUUAUACUUUCUUUCUAGGAGCUCAGGAGAGCCUCCCAGUGUGCAACCAGCUCGGCCGGGCACAGAAAUCU